AUGCGCAUCACCAGCCGCCUCGCGUCGGUCGUCUUCGGCAUGGCCAUCGCCGCAUGCGCCAUGCCGACCGGCUUGCUCGACCUCACUGCCAGUGCCACCGACGUUGCAAAGCGUGAUGCGGCCGGCACCGAUCGGGAAUCCGCUCUCGUCGCGCGCGGGACGGGGCGUGAUUCUACAGUCGGCGCCCGCAGCUAUGACGAUGCCUCGCAAAGCCUUGAAAAGCGAGAUAAGCUCACGAUCGAAGAUAAUACCGGCAGAGGUGGGAAAAGGGGUGGCAGGAUGACAGAGUCGCAAUCGGAAAUUUGGUUGCCGAUAAUUGAACAGUUCGCGCAUCAAGCUAAUGUAAAAAAGGUGGAUAUUGUUCAUCGCCCGCACAGUGGAGCAGACACCAGCAGCGCAGACGAAGAAGAACACGUCACCGUGAAGAUUCCAACCAAGAGUGGGCUGGUGCACAUAUACCCUGAUGGAAGAUCAACCCUCAGCAUCCAGGCUGAACGGAAGCAGGAGAAACUGGAACAGAAGCAGGCGAAAAAGGAUCAGAAGAAGGGGGGAUCGAGCCAUGGGAAGGGGAAGGAAACCCAGAAGAAGGACUAA